AUGUUCUAGUUCCCAGUUGACGAAUAAUUGAAGGAAAUAGUUAUGCGCCUUGAAAGUAUGAAGCACGAUAACUGGGAAGUAUACGAAUCAUUAGAUGAUGGAUCAGAUGGCGGAAAUCAAUUUUCACGAACAAAUAUGAAGAUUUGUAGAUUUUGUUAUGUGGAAGGAUCGGAUGAACGUGGUUGGCUUAGACCUUGUAAAUGUUCCGGUUCAAUGUUAUGGGUUCAUAAGCAAUGCUUUAAUUCUUGGUUAGGAAAAGCUUCUGGAAGGAGCAGAAUACAAUGCCAGAUAUGCAGAUUCAGGUAUAAGAAAGUAUUGCUUCUCAAGCCCUGGAAAGAAUGGUGUCUGCCAGAUUUUCAUCUAUCAUUUGUUGAUGUGUUAGAAUUGCUGUUUGAUGCUUUUUUUAUAUACCGAAUGAAAUUUGUUCAUACUAUAAAUAAGCCAACUUCAAUAGUCAUCCGAAUUCUUCGAACUUCCUAUAUUUUCCAUCGAUUUGGCUUUUAUGUGCGAGCUUUCUCAGCUGUUGCAUCUUCUUUUUUCAGCGUUGUCAUUAUUGAUGCUGUCUGAUUGACGUUAGAUUAAUUUACUAAUAUUUCGUUUUAAUGGUGAAGUUUUGGGAAUAUGGCGGAAACAUG